UCCUAUCCCACCAUUCGUCGCGCAUAACAUAUACAUCACGCUUUUCAUAUUGCAUAAAAUUAAUCUGACCAAACCGUUUAUCUCCCAGCAGUACGAAGCGAAGGUGUUCUAAUACUCCGUAUUAACGUAUUUUUUCUCCAGAAAGAAAAGGUGCUGCAACAUUUUAUCCAUCCUCCAGCUUCAACCCAACAACGUGCUCGCGAUCGACGCGAGAGGACAGGAUCCCGAUCCCGAUUCCCGAGGACCGCAGAUCUAUCGCGUUCACCUACGUCUCCCCUUCCACGGCUCUUUUUGCACUACCUCCUCCUACCAUCGUUUCGCCAUUUCCCUCUCUCCGCGAGCUGAUGCACGAUGCAGGGGAGAAAGACACGCCGCCUUCUGACCGGCUCGUAGUUGCUCGAAAACCUCUCUUACCUGCGCCGUACGCUCGGUUUUAUUCUUCGACACGCUUCCGAUCGGUUUCUCGUUUUCGCGCGCGGCUCCUCUCAUUGCCUUCGAAGCUCUUCGAACUCAGCGCCAUUUUGGUCGCGCCUCCGCUUCCGGCCGCCCGCUCGAGGCCUUACCGAUCGAGCCCGAUCGAAACAUGUUCGAAAACGCGCGCCCAUUAUUCGUCCAUCCUCGAGUCGUCGUCGGCCAACCUAUGCUUUGAUCGAUCCCUCCUCGUCCUCUCGGCUGGGGAGAAGUGUCGAUUAUGAUUACAUCCGGAGGAGAGAUUUCACCAGAUACUUUUCUCUCUUUUUCCAAGGAUUUUGAUUGAUUUGGGAUAUGAGACUGUUGAGUAACGACACAGUACAGUGAACGAAGAGUGUGUGCUUCUCGAAGGAUUCUCCCUUGGAUUUCGAAAGAAUUGCUGGAACGAAGAUUUAACGCUUGUGGUCAAUACCGGGACGAAGUUGAAGAUAGGAAAUUGAAUGUGGUCGGAGGCUAAAUUAGGAUCUUGGAGGAGAGAUACCUCUGUACGCGUGCGGUGAGAACGGUCGUCUCGAUCCAACGUUUCAAAAUACAAUUACGAAACUUGUAAACGGAGCAUCCGUUUCAAAGACGAUAAUUAACCAAAGCCAAAAUUGAUCGAUCAGGGAUUACCGAGCACCCAGGGUAAUUCUGGGAAGACCCCGUCCAACAUGGACAUCUAGUAGAAGUCGAAUGGCCAAGUUUGGACGCCUCGAGUGAGCCACUUUCCAGAGAACCAGAGCUCGAGAGCGUAAUUCGAACGGCUAUUGACUAACUUGUCGUUUCGCGGCAACCGUGUCAACCGUGAUACUCGUCCACCGGGCUCACCUCGACCGUAAACAAAUUGCUCGCGGCCCCUCGAACGCGUAACAACUCGUUCCCUCCAACAAAUCCUCUCCAACGUUGGAGCUUUGAAACUCGCCUGAAAGUCGGGGGAAUCGUGGAAAGUAUCAACAGGUUUCCUGAUCUCGAUAGAGAGCAUCCUACGGUUAUCUCCGCAGGAAGUCGGCGCGGGGAGAAGCUCGAUCGCCUUCUCCUGGCCGUUGCAAUCUCUGGCAGGAGGAGAACGAGGUUUGGUUAGGAUUAGAUUGGCAAGUUGCCGGAUGAGACAGUGGUUACCGAAGUGUGUAGCUCGGAAAUUUUGGUGGUAUGAUGAGGCACGUGGUGUGAAAUGUUGGAUCGUUUCAAGUUUGCCAGUGGAUCUGUCCCAGGAUGUACAAAAGUGAUUCGGACUGGAGAAGUUGAACUGGUUGUACUGGGUGUAAUUUGAGGAGCAGCAAAACUGAAAUUCAUUGAGAUAAUUUUUUACUAUCUGUUUCUAUUUUAUUUUAUAUAGGUACAGAGUGUUUUUGGAUUUACAGAGUGUUAAUCAAAUAUUUUUAGAGCGACUGAUCUGAGAUAUUAUUCUGUUUGAUGCUGUUUGAGGAUUAAGAAUUUAGAAGUGUUAUGAAAUGAUUCUUCUUUGUAUCGGAGAUACGAAGCAAUCGGUUGAUUAGAGAAGAAAAAUUAGGUUAGCGAGGGAAUCGACGUAACUGGUGAGAAAACCGGUUUGAAAACUGUGGUAUUGAGAAUCGUCGCGUAUAAAAUCGUUGAAUAAAUCAUUCGGUUCGGAUUGUUCGUAGCAGAAGCAAUCGAAACCUGAUAAUAAGCCUGUAUUGACAUUUUCGAAGAUAAGGAAUAAUUUAUCGUCAAACCGAUAAAGAUUGAUUUAUGGGAAAAUAUAAUAACAAUUGUAUAUUAAAUUUUGAAAAUUGAAUCGAAAUAGCGGAAAAUUGUUGCCUCGAUUUCUUUUUUCUUAAGAAUGAAAGAUUCAUUUAAAUACAGAUAUCGUAGCACGGGAAGUGGAUCCAUCUAUCCAAUACAUUAUCGACACUUUAUGAUUAUAAAUAAAAUUCCAAUCGCAACAUUGCAAGCUUGAGAAUAUUUCUUUUGCGAAAUGUUAAUCGAGGAAGAUUCGUAAAGUGCGAUAGAAACCUGUGAAAUAUCGCUCGAAGAAGUUAAAUCGCAAUCACGAAUCUUCAAUCGCGCCUAACGAACUCGAACAACUUCUGGAAUUAGGGGUGCAACAUCGCUGAAGAUUAACUGGAAGGCCAUGAAUUUAUUGUUCCAAAUGAAUACCGAGAGUUUUCUCGUAAUUUAAGAGAUUCGAGAUUGUUAAAGAUAUCGAAGGAGGAAUUUAAAAAACUUCGUAAAGUAUAUUCUGACCGUGAUUACGACUAAUUUAAGGAUUAAUCUAUUUUUUCUUUCAACGAGUGUUAAUACAGAAAUAUUGUGCGAACAUUUUACAAUAUUUUUGCUCUUUGAGUAAAUGCUUCUCUCGUAGAAUCGUACAGAAGCGAAUUAAAGAAAGAUACGCAAAAUUUGCGAAUAAAAAAUCAACUCAAACUCACGCUGCAAUAAGCCUGCAAAAGUAGGUCCAGAGAAAAUUCUCAGAACUGUCUGUAGAAGCUCUAUAACAAGAAGAAAGCUUAUAGCGCAUUACACCACUUACCUACUAAGCAUACCAAGAAAGCGUUGCCCAACAAACGUUCCAAACGAAACGUUCGUCCAAACUGUUGCGACGUAGAAUUAAAAGCGAAACGGCUCGUCCAAAGCCAAUCCUCUGACCCUGCAACCGACCGAGAACUUUCGUCGAUUGUCUCUCCAAAGAUCUGCCGGUCGCGUGAUUCAUCGAGGUCACCGGUUGAGCGGGUCAGGGCCGCGAGUUGUGUGGCUUCAGGUCGGUGCAACCUGGAUUUCUGCACGAUUUAACGCGCUCGCUGUCUUCUUUUUAAUUUUGCACAACCGUGCAGCCAUUCCUGCACCAUUAUCUCUGCAACAUCGGGACGAUAAAAUUCUAUUCUUGCACCGAUAAGAGACACACGGAUUUUGCUGAUUAAUCGCGCGCCUACCGAUUUUAGCCUCGUUACUCGUCUUGAGUGGAUCGAGUGAAGUGUCCGUCGAGCUUCUUAAACCUGGAAAGUGCGAAACACGAAGGGGACUCUUCCGAUGGGAAGUGGGCUGUGAAGUGAUUUGGUGGAAUUUGGUGGAAGAGGUGGUGAACGAGUUGGGAUCAGGGAAAUUGGACAGUGAUAUCUAGAAGAAAUGGGACUAGCGGAGAGAGAGGCCGAAAUGCAAGAGCUGGAAACCUCGAGACCCGGCAGAUCGCGAGAUCUCUUUGGCGUGCAACUCGAGGUUACCUCUUUACUUUUGGAAGGUGAACGCAGAAAACUUGCGGUCCUCCAGAGGGAACUGCAAGUUGCUCUUGAAGAAGGGGGAAGCGUGAAAGUUAAAGAAAAGCAGCGACAGGAAUUGCUGCACGCCAUAUCGAAAAUUCAAGGACAGCACGAACAGCUCGACAAGGAAUAUAGAAUCCACGCUGCUGGUGUUCUCUUAUGCAACUCGAGGGGUUCCGGGAAGGUAAGCGUUUUGUCAUUAUUCUUUCCUCCCUUGGCCGUGAUUUACCGAAGAUAAAUAACCGCCCUCGAUCAUCUCAACGCGAUCUAUUAUUUGUUAGAGCGUAAAGCACUAAGGCCACCCUUCCGCUAUUUUAACACUCGAUUCUUCCUUGAAUAAAUUCGAUCGAUCGAUCGAACCCUCUCCCUGCAACGAGGGGCCAACGAGAAUACCUUCUUACGUGGCUUUUUAAGAAAUUGGAUAUUCCUUGGCUUUUUAAAUAUUGUCGCAUUGAUUUAUAGUUUGAUGAUAUUUUUGAUAUUUAUAAAUCGUGUUUAUCGAUAAUUUUUUUUCUUAAAUUUUGAUUGGUCUUGAAGUUUUAUCAUGUAUCGUGGAUAAAUU